AUGUUUCCUGAAAUCGAUCGACAAGAAAAGAAAGCAGCAGAGGUUCGACGCGCACCUGCUUCACCACUCCAACCGACCCUCGAGAACUAUUCUCCAAUGCAAGUCGCGCAGGAUUACAACGCUAUACCGCAAAUGGUGCAAGCAGGUGGUCAAAAUACAGGAAUCUACCCGUCACAAGCUCAAUCGUACCUCCCGAAUAUGCAACAGUCGUCCGGUUCUAGUCAAUUCAUGGGAAGCAGUGGAAUGGGAAACGCACUAGGAAGCGGAAUGGGAAGCGGAAUGGGAAGCGGAAUGGGGAGUGGAAUGUCGCAGACAGGAAUGAAUCUGCCAGCCUUGCCGCUGCUGCUCAGUGGCGAAAAUGGCACACCUGAAGCGAUAAACGCUUUACGUAAUCAGCAGUAUUUAGCUCAACUUGCACGCCAUCAGUCUGAAUUAACCCGCUACAAUGCGAAGCAACUGGAAUAUCUCGAUCAACAACGACGUUACCAACAGUCAAUGAUUGAUCAUCAAGCAGGAGCUGCGCUUCUCAUGCAGAAACAACAACAAGACAUAAUAAAUGAGCAACUGAAGCAGGUCCAGUCGUCUUUCGGAAAAACUGAAACACUUGGGAAUGAUAACACCGUUGGAGGACGGGUAUUGACAGCUCGAGCCAAAGGAGUAAAAACUCACGAACCAAGUGCACCAAGACGGAGCUUGUCCGAUGACGACGUCAUAACGAACGAUCAGCACCUGAGAGAGUAUUUCAAGGAGAAGUAUGGAAUUCAGCUACCAACAGAAGCAAGUGAAUUGACAAGUGAGGAGCGAGAAACUCUUAGGGCGCUCAAGAAAGUCCUCUCGGAAAACAAGGAAACGGCAAUCGAUAAAGGUGUUUUCAGGACUAUGGACUCUUUGAAAAGG